AUGGCAAACAACGAGCCAUUCUACUUGCGCUACUACUCAGGCCACUCCGGUAGAUUCGGACAUGAGUUUCUAGAGUUUGACUUCCGCGCCUUGGGCGAUGGCCGCUCUGCUUCGGCGCGUUACGCCAACAACUCUAACUACCGCAACGACUCAUUGAUUCGCAAAGAGAUGUGCGUGAGCUCGCUCAUGAUCGAAGAGAUUAAGCGCAUCAUCAAGGAGAGUGAGAUUUUGAAGGAAGACGACACCAAGUGGCCGCAAAAGAACAAAGACGGUAGACAAGAGCUUGAGAUUCGUCUAGGCAACGAGCACAUUUCAUUCGAGACAGCCAAGAUUGGAUCUCUUGUCGACGUCAACGAAUCGGAAGACCCUGAAGGCCUCCGUGUCUUCUACUACCUUGUGCAAGAUCUCAAGGCACUCGUCUUCUCGUUGAUUGCGCUUCACUUCAAGAUCAAGCCUAUUUAA